CUCGGUCAGGUCACUGAGAUUGAGAUGAGAUAGUAUAUAGCAGGAGAGGGAGUUCUGAGCCGCGCACUCCAGCAGGGCCCAGGUGAGGCGAGUGAGUAGCCGAGCAGAGCAGGUGAGGCCCGGCCGAGAGAGGAGGAGCGUUGCCAACCGAGCCAUUCUUAAAUGCGAGCGGGGGGAAGCGAGGAGUAGUGGCUUCACCUGCAACGGCACAACCACAACACAAGCACAACAAGAACAAGAACGGACACUCCUAUCACUCCUCCACUCCCCACCAUCAGCUGCCCCCAUCCUCACUCUUCCUCCGCCCGCCUCUUCUCUUCUUCCCCCAGCAGCCAGCAGUCUCUCUCUCAUACAAACACAAACAAGCAACGACUUGCUCACAGUAGUGCUCCCCGGACAGAAUGACCAAAGACGAGGAGUUCAAGCUGGUCAAGAUCCAGAACCAUGUGCUCAAGGUGAACAUACACUGUGACGGGUGCAGGCACAAGGUCAAGAAGCUUCUUCAGAAGAUCGAAGGCGUGUACUCGGUGGCCAUUGAUGUGGACAACCACAAGGUGUCGGUGACAGGCGAUGUGGACUCGGAGACCUUGAUCAGGAAGCUCACCAGGGGAGGCAAGCAUGCGGAGCUGUGGUCACAGCAGAAGGGCGGUGGUGGCGGCAACCAGGGCCACAAGGGCAACAAUGGCCAGCAGAAGCACCAGCAGCACCAGCAGCACCAGCAGCACAAUCAGCAGCAGCAGCAACAACAACAGCAGAAGCAAGGUGCUAAUCCGGGCAAGGAUGCGCACAACAAGAACAACAACAAUGGCGGCCAGAAAGAGCAGGGGAAGCAAGGAGGGGUUGGGAGCCUCAUGCAGGGCCUCAAGGCAUUCAAGAACCAGCACAGCAACAAGAACCAGCUCCCUGAGCUCAGCUCGGAGGAUGAUGAUCUGUAUGAUGACGAGGAUGAUGAGUUCGACGACGACUAUGAGGAGGAGCUCCGCUUCCUUGGGGACAAGAUGAGCCAGCUCGGGUUCCACAGCAACAACCACCACCAGAACCAGAACAAGAACGGGAACAAUGCUGCUGUCAACAAUAACCACAACAAUGGCAAUGGCAAGAAAGGUAAUGGCGGCGGAGCCAAUCAUCACCAGAACACCCACCACCAGAACCAGAAGAAUGUAAAUGUGAUCAACAUGGCAGCUGCAAAUGCCAAGAUGGGAGGCGGAGGAGUCCAGAACCAGAAGAAUGCUAAUGCGAUCAACAUGGCGGCCGCGGCGAACGCCAAGAUGGCCGCGGCUAAUGGUGCCCAGAGGAACGCUGGUGCCAUGAGUGGCAUGUUGGGCCUGAGCCAUGGCCUGGGAGCGGGUGCUGCUGCUCCUGGCUUCCAAGGCUACACAGGCUUCAACCACCCGUCCUAUGCUGCUGCCGGCUAUGGAGGUCUUCAGCAACAGCAUCUCCAGCAGCAGCAGAGCAACAACCUCAUGGCGAGCAUGCAGGGGUACCAUCAUCAUCCUGCAACGACGGCCGCGAUGAUGAACAAUUUGAGGGGUCUGAAUAGCAACAUGAUGAUGAUGCAUCAGCCCCAGCAGCAGCCGCAGAUGAUGUACCACUCCUCUCCCCAGAUCAGCCCUUACACUGGCUACUACAACCCUUACAAUUACUACUACCAUCCCCAUCCUGGCAGUGCUGGUUACCCAGCCAGCAAUGGGGAUGUGGAGACCAUGUUCAGUGAUGAGAACACCAAGGGCUGUGUUGUCAUGUAGGGAUGCAGCUACAAUCCUAUAAUCUAGAGGUUGGUGAUGGACCAUGGUAAUGGUGAUGCAGUCCUGCUACCCUUUUUUUUGUUUCUUUUUUGUUUCCUUUAAUUAUUUUACUGCUCUUAUGGUUUCGCCUGUAUCAAGAGUGAAUCAUGGUGUUGACUUAGAUGUGUUGUUGAAAGUAGGGGCAACUUGAGAGGGUUAUCAAACAGUGUAAUGUAAUACCUUUUAGGCUUUUACUGCCUAGUGCUUUGCCCUGACUGGCUUGUUAUAA